CGUCAGUGCUGUGAGGAGACAGGUCGGGAGCAGAGGAAAGACUAGUUGGCAACUAACGGGAAAGGCUUUCACUUUGUCUUAUUCGACUGUCGGCAGGUCUGUAAAAAUGUCUCUGUAUCCCUCGCUGGAAGACCUGAAGGUUGACAAAGUCAUCCAGGCACAGACAAAUUUUUCUGCAAACCCAGUCAAUCCAGCUAUAUUGCCUUCUGCUUCAGCAUCAACGGCUCAAUAUGGUGGGAUGUACCCUAAGCUUUAUCCAGAGUUGGAACAGUACAUGGGCUUAAGUCUCAGCGAAGAUGAGAUACAUAGAAAUAUGUCUGUGGUACCUUCUGCUGGGAACCAGGUAGCAGUACCAACAGCUUUGAACAACAUGGUAGCUCCUGUGUCUGGAAGUGAUGUUGGAAUCCGCAGAGCAGAAAUCAAGCAGGGAAUUCGGGAAGUAAUAUUAUGUAAAGAUCAAGAUGGAAAGAUUGGCCUUCGUCUGAAAUCGAUUGACAAUGGAAUCUUUGUGCAGCUUGUACAAGUCAACUCUCCAGCAUCCUUGGCCGGCUUGAAAUUCGGAGAUCAGAUCUUACAGAUAAAUGGAGAAAAUUGCGCUGGAUGGAGCUCCGAUAAAUCACACAAAAUGCUCAAGCAAGUCUCAGGAGAAAGGAUCUCUAUGGUAGUUCGUGACAGACCCUUUGAACGCACCAUCACCAUGCACAAGGACAGCACAGGACAUGUUGGAUUCAUAUUCAAAAAUGGCAAAAUCACCUCCAUUGUCAAAGACAGCUCAGCUGCAAGGAACGGCCUCCUCACCGACCACAAUCUCUGCGAAAUUAAUGGGCAAAAUGUGAUUGGAUUAAAGGAUUCUCAGGUUGCUGAAAUACUUGCCACAUCUGCAAAUGUUGUGACCCUGACCGUUAUGCCAUCCUUUAUUUUCGAUCAUAUGGUUAAAAGAAUGGCGUCCAGUGUGUUGAAGAGCUUAAUGGAUCAUUCUGUCCCUGAGGUUUAAGAGGGAAGCAUUUUGCCUGAACAUUGAAUUUUGGCUGAGCUGGACUUUUUACUCAGCACUGUCAGGAUAGCGUCUUACAAAGACGAGAUUUGUAAAACUGCAUGUUAGCAUUUCCAUUGUAUAAAUGAGCAUAUAGCAAUUCUACCUUACCUGUAGCAGGGGGUAGAACGUGUGCAAUUAUUUUUAGUUGGAAGCAAUAACCUAAUUUUGAUGAGUCUAAUUCACUAAAAUCCUACUAGAAUCAAAAAUGAAACCCUAUGCAUUGAUCAGUUCUGGGUACUGAUCAGACUUCCAGAUAUUGACUACAGCUGUCAGUUGGUUGCUGGGACUUGUAGUUUAACAUCUGGAGUUCUGGUCUUGAUCCAGGUUAGGAGCUUUUGGUGUUGCAGAUACAGCACCAAAGAUUGUCUACCGCUGGUUUAGUAAUGAAAGAGCCCGGGGUUCUGCAAACUAAGUCAGCCAUUGUCCCCUUCUCAUUAUACAUCUGAUCCAAACAAGGAGGCAAAUGCUCUAUUCUGUAUGUAGGCAUGUCUUUCUGCAGCUCAAAAGGGUUGCCUAUAUAUAUAUAUAUAUAUAUGCUGUAAUUUUUAUAUUUCAUGUACAAGAUAGCUAUUUUCAUAAAAUAAAGCAGGAAUGUCAAAUGCAUGCAAUACAUUUAUAUCAACAGAUCAGGAUACUAAGUAAACUUAACACAUCUCUGAAAUCAAGAAUGUAUUUUACAUAAGGAUCUCCUCACUGUUAGCUUCUGACUUUAUUAUGGUCGCUCCAUCCACUGCACUUGUAUAAUUUGUAGGCUCUCUAGGGAAAGGCUCACUCUGAUUGGCUAACAUGCAUGUUGUGAUCCCAAGCACUGAGCUACUGCUGUUUUUUUCCAGUGAAUUUCCAUCCUUAGUGUUUAAACGGUAACUUAAUUACAUUCUCUUAAAUUUCAGUCUUCUAUAUUUUGUAUACAACGUAUCAUGCUUAAAAGAAUAAAUACAAGAAAACCA